GAGGGAAGGCUCAGCGCAGUCGCCAUGGGGGUAGAAGGAUGCACCAAAUGCAUUAAAUAUCUGCUCUUUAUCUUCAACUUCAUCUUCUGGCUGGCCGGAGGUGUGAUUCUUGGGGUAGCACUGUGGCUUCGACAUGACCCCCAAACAUCCAACCUACUUUUCCAGCAAUUUGAGGACAAGCAAGCACCAGGGACUUUCUACAUUGGUGUCUAUAUCAUUAUAGCAGUUGGCGCUGUCAUGAUGUUUGUGGGAUUCCUGGGAUGUUAUGGGGCCAUUCAGGAAUCUCAGUGUCUUCUGGGAACGUUCUUUGCUUGCCUGGUGAUCCUCUUCGCCUGUGAGGUGGCAGCUGGAAUAUGGGGCUUUGUGAACAGGGAUCAGGUGUCAAAGGAAAUGCGACUUUUCUACAGUGAAGUGUAUCAACAUGCAACCACCGGUACUAAGGAACAGCAACAAAAGGCUCUCCCUGUGCUCAAGGCCUUCCAUGAGACACUGCAGUGCUGUGGUGACUCCAGUUCUAAAUUAUCCUUCUUGAACCUUAGCGAAGUGUGUCCGAAACGUGACAAUAUACUAGAGCAAUUCACCAUAGAGGACUGCCACCAAAAAAUGGAUGCUCUGUUCUCAACCAAGCUCUAUCUGGUUGGCAUCGCUGCUGUCGUUGUGGCCGUUAUCAUGAUCAUCGAGAUGAUACUCAGUAUGGUCCUGUGCUGUGGCAUCCGAAUUUAUUCAGUAUACUAAGCAAUGCCUUUAUUCUCCUGUGUAUAUAACUCCCUCAAACCCUCCCACGACUCCCUUUUUGUUUUUUCUAAAUAUUCUGCCCUCUUGGUGAUCGAGUCAAUGUCCAGCCGGUGCAGUGAAUUCCUUGCUCGGACUUUCUCUAUGUUUUUAUGAGCAGUGCUCUAGAUAUUUCUUCAGCACGACACUCAGGAAUUCGGGUGCCCUCGAAUGUAUAUGGCCUGCUUGUAGGGCUCUGACUUCCAGUUUACAGCGUCUGCGCUCAGAAGGACGCGUCAUCUUGUGUUUGCCACACAAUGAGAUCCUAAAGAGUUGGGCAGCUGAAUUUAGCCUUGUGGUAAAACUAAGCGUGUGCGCGUCCAGCUGCUCUUUACGAUCUCAUUGCUGUAGAGUCAUGAUCUCUCCUGUUUCACGUGUAAAAGAUGUUGUGUUUGUACCGUUUGGGAGAGGAGUAAAUCCAUAUUCCUUGCACAAUGGCCCCUUUUCCUACACUCCAUCAUUACAUAGUAAAUAUAUAUAAAUAUCAACAUGUAAAAAGAUUCUGAUUAAAAUCCUUUGGGGGCUUUUUCCCUACUCCAAAGUCUGAUUCAUUUAUUUAUGGGGUGAGGGUAUGGGGAUGAUGGGAAUUUUACAAUGUGGAUGUGAAUUAAUUCCCCCAGGCAAAUUGUGAGUUGAAAACAGACAAAAAUAAUCAAGAAAAUAAAACUUUUCGUCUGUAUUUGACAUUUUGGUCCCCCGACAUCACUCGCCACCUAAGGUAAUCAAAAAAAGAAAAAUUUUGAAUAUUUGUAAAAAAUUUUGCAUCCAAUCCUUUUUAAGAAGGAAGUAUAUUUAUACAUACAUCUAUCUCUGGGUUUUUAUUACAUAUUCAUUGUAUGCUUUGUAUUUUGUAUGUAGUUUACGUUUUUAAUAUUAAUACUAGUUCGUUUUAUGUGUAUGUUUUCUUAAAUGGUUUUUUGUUAUAAUGGUAAGAUUUCGGGAUGUUGUAAAGACUUGCAAGAUAGGAAAAUGUGGACUCUGUAACAUAAGUGAUACGACAGUGCCAUCUUCUGGGGGUUACACAAAAGGACUUUUGCCUUAAAGACAAAGAACUCUUUUCUCAUUGGUUCAAAGUUCAUCAAAGGAAUUCUUCAGGAAAAUUUGUAUAAAUGGACUGCUCUCAAACAGCAGUGCAGCUCAUCUUGACUUCUGAUACCAUCAAGAACCUGAACAUCCAGAGCUCACAUAUAAACGCCGGGAAAACAACUAUUCACCAGAGGAAAAGGAAAGGUAUUAAAUUACCACUACUGGGGAAAGAAAUAGAUUGUCUUUUAAAGCAUUUUUGUUUGUAGUUUUUAAGAACUGUUAUAUACAAGUCAUACUCUCUGUCUUGCAUUGCUUGAAUAAAUCCUUCCAUUGCUAAGCCUAAA